ACUUGACAUUGCAGCUGGUCCAUCACUAAUAGUAGUUUGAUAUUUUGGAUGAACGUGAAACAUCUGUAAUAUACUUAUCUUUAAAAAAUUGUGCGAUAAAUUAACGGUGGCUGGAGCAUCCGGGAGGAUAGCGAGGCGCCAUGGUGUACAUCGACCAUAAUGGGCGCGUGUGGGAGAAGCGUCCGUGGGACUGGCGACGGAUUGUGGAGCUAUUUGUGGGGAUAUGGUUUGCCAUCAAGCAGCUAUUCCUUACAUUCCUCGCUCCCUUUACGGCCAACGAUAACCAGGCCAAUCCGCGACGCGGAAAUGGAUGGGGAGGCGGUGGUGGAUGGGGAGGUGGCGGUGGCGGCGGAGGAGGCGGCGGCGGUGGAGGUGGCGGUAGACCUGGAUCUGGAUCAGGUGGACUAAGACCAAACCGCCGGAUCGGACGCAUUCAGCCGUCUAUGAGCUGCAAUAUGCCCGCUGGAGGCGGAUGAGGAUAGUAGCGACAUCCGGUACCCAAGAUUCCAGCACUCUUGGGAGGAUGUCGCGCCGACAGAAGGCUGGCCGCGUCAAGCAGCAUCCCAAAUGGCCCAGAAAUCACGGUUUAUCCCGCCCAUGUGGCGCAUAUGACGCAGUUGCCUUAAACUCGGACUCGAGCGGACAACUGCUGAAUACGAUUAAUCACUGAUUCCUGGGUCGCUGCUUACGUGGCCGUCGUCGGUUCCAUUUACCAACUAGCUCCAAUAUAUAGCUACAGGUUUUUUUCUAUCGGUCUGCGGGUUUACAUUGUUCAAUUUACAAGUUCAAAGUCACAGUACCCAAAUAUACAUAGUAACUCUGGUGAAAUACAUAAAUAAAUACCAACCAUUACUUUUGCAAAA